UGCAAAAAAAGACGUUAGUUUGCAAGACAAGAAUUAUAAAAAGAAGGCAGAAGUUUAACUUGACGUUGCAAGUGAAGCAUUUUAGCCGUUAACGGACCGAAUGGAUUUUCCAAAACUGCCACCUCAUGAUGGAGCCUUUUUGUCUGUGGUUGACAUGCACACAGGGGGAGAACCUUUACGCAUCAUUGUAAGCGGGUACCCUACUGUGAGCGGGGACACCGUGCUCGCAAAGCGGCGUUAUGUACGAGAACAUCUCGAUCAUCUUCGCAAAGUGUUGAUGUUCGAGCCCCGUGGCCACUAUGACAUGUACGGAGCCUUGCUGGUCGAAAGCGAGAUACCAGAAGCCGACCUCGGGGUUCUGUUUAUGCACAAUGAAGGUUACAGCACCAUGUGUGGCCAUGCCGUCAUUGCUCUCGGUCGUUUUGCUGUAGACUACGGUUUGGUCAAGACUCCGACUUCUCCUGAGACCCAAAUAAACAUCCACUGUCCAUGUGGCCUGGUGAAGGCGUUUGUGGAGUAUAACAACGGUAAAACAGGAGCAGUGAGGUUCCACAGCGUCGCAGCUUUUGCUUUCGCCACAGAUGUGACAGUCACGGUUCCAGGAUAUGGUGAAAUAACAGUGGACAUAAGCUAUGGAGGAGCACUGUAUGCGUUUGUGAGCGCUGAAAUAUUUGGACUGGAUGUCAAUAAGUCCAGAACCAGAGAUUUGGUGGAUGCAGCCACUGCCGUAACCAACGCAGUCAAGUCUCAGGUGAAGCUCCAUCAUCCUGUUAGUGAAGACCUGGCUUUCCUAUACGGUACCAUCCUUACAGAUGGUAAAGAUGAUUUCUCUGAUGAGCCUACAGCCAAUGUGUGUGUGUUUGCUGAUGCCCAGGUGGACAGGAGCCCCACCGGUUCAGGCGUGACUGCUCGCAUUGCUCUGCAGUACCACAAAGGUCAAAUCCAGCUGAAUAAGACUAGGAGCUUCAGGAGCGGAACCACAGGAACCAUAUUUACAGGGAAAGCAGUAAAGGAGACCAUGUGCGGGGAGUUCCGUGCCGUGGUGGUGGAAGUUGCAGGUCACGCUUACUACAGUGGCACCGCCAGUUUCACUCUGGAGAAUGAAGAUACACUGAGGAAUGGCUUCCUCCUCCGAUGAGUCUGCUUGAAUGCUAAAGCAGAGACCUAACAAGCUGGAAUAAAUGUAAAAAAAAAAUUAUAUAUAUAUAUAUAUAUAUAAAAUAUCGUGACUGACUGUCGUUGUGGAAGUGCAUUUCUAUGUUUCAUUGGGGAUCGUUACUGCUGGAAUGCACAUGUUAGCUCUGUUUCAUAUUUCCUUUGUUAGAAGAUGCCAAUUACUUUUUCCUAACAAUUAAACCAUGUGCACAAGUUGAACAGAACAAGGCUCGUUAAUUCUUAACACAUGUAAUUCCGCAACCUUUAAUUCGUUCCUGUGUCCACUGUUUGUCGAGACAUUUAGUUAAUAUUAGCAAAAGAAAUCUCAGGAGUCAGCCAUUUUAUACUUUCCACUCUCAGUAACAUGACAAGCGGGACUGUUCUGUCUUAUUGACUUUAUGAAGGAUUAAAAAAAGAGGCUGGUGAUGUUUUUAACCCACUAUCUGCAAAUUAUAAUGGCUCUGGUAUAAACGGAAUAAACCAUUUCAAGGACAUGUCGUUAUUCGCUUGAUGUUGGGUGCAUUACAACACACCAGUGUUGAUUACUUUCCUCUGACAGGGUGUCACUUCAUGGCUUUGUCUUUCAUUGAAAAUGUCACUUCUAAUAUAUUUUAGUCUUCAACAUUUUAUAGAUUAUUUGUUGAAAUGCACGACAAGACAAAUAUUUAAACAGAACAGGUGUUCCAGAACACCUGUUCACCUGUUGAAAUAACAACAGACUGUUGUUACAUGAUUCCAUAUGCAUUAUUUUUUUAUGUAGAAAAUAAAUCUUUAAACAAAAAACAUUUAAUUAGAAGGUGUGUCCAAAUAUUUUCAAUUCCUGAAUCUCCCUUUUUAUGAAGAACAGGAACAUGCAACCAAAUAGGUUUUAAUAUUGUACUUUAGACUGCAUAAGAACUUGACGAACCCUGAGUGAUGUCACCCAUGUUUUUUUUUUUCUGAAGCAUGUUUUUUGAAGCUCAACUUCUGGUUGUUGCCAUUUGGCAGAAGCAGAUUUUGCCCAAAUCCUCAGUUAAUCCAUAAAUGAGCAAAAUGGCGGAACAAACAGAGCCUGACUGUUGGUUGGAACAUGACCACUUACCUCAGUUACUACAAGCUUACCCUUAUCUUAGCUACAAUCUUAAGGUGGCCAAAAUUUAUU